AAUACAACUCUGUGGUUGAAGUUUACUUGACAGCUGUCAACUCAACUUUCCUUCUUUUCUUACAAAUCGUCUUUGGAGAUUUCCAUCUGACUUUGUAUUCAUAACUACAGAUCAGCAAACAUGGUUGCCGUAAAGAAACAGAAAAAGGCUUUGGAAAGCACCAAUGCCCGUUUGGCUUUGGUGAUGAAAUCCGGCAAAUAUUGCUUGGGUUACAAACAAGCUUUGAAGACCUUACGUCAAGGCAAAGCAAAAUUGGUGUUGAUUGCCAGCAAUACCCCAGCGUUGAGGAAAUCGGAGAUUGAAUACUACGCUAUGUUGGCCAAGACCGAAGUGCAACAUUACAGUGGCACCAACAUCGAAUUGGGUACCGCUUGCGGUAAAUACUUCCGUGUGUGCACAAUGUCCAUCACCGACCCUGGUGAUUCGGACAUCAUCCGCUCGUUGCCAGACAACUAAAUCCAAUGGAUAUAAUUUUAUAAAUAAAAAAUAAAAUUUUAAAAUAAAA